AUGCCCAGUGAAGGAGAAUGUUCCUGUUGUAAAACUAAAUGUGAUGUCACCAGGUUAGUCGAUUGCAGUGUAUGCAAUAAAACAUUUAAAAAUACUUGUGUCGGUCUUACUAUAAACGACCUUAAAACUCUUUCAAAAAAUGGCAUCUCAUAUACUUGCCCCGCAUGUUUGGUUAUUGGUGCAGAAAUCAAUGAACUGAGAUCAGUUAUUGUUGAAUUGUGGAAUGAAGUAGCGGAGCUUAAACAGUCCAUAUCAUCACAAAACAAACCAAUGAUUGUUAAUUCUGAUUUGUCAAUUAAUACCAUUUUGAACGAGGUUCAUGAAAGACAAAAGAGACAAUGCAAUCUUUUGUUUUUUAAUGUUCCAGAAACUAAUGGGAUCAAUAAUCAAGAAAAAAAUGAAGCUGAUGCACAAAUGGUUAAAAAUAUUUUAAAACAUGUAUCUUCGGACAUUCCUCUAGCCAUUGAAUUAAAACAAUUUAGACUUGGAAAAUUUGUUACAGGUGCCAAACCACGUCCCUUAAAGGUUAUCCUUCCUGAUAGUCAACAUGUUUUUAAAUAUUUAAAAAACUCGCAAAAACUGAAAACAGAACUUUACGAAAAGUUGUCCGGCUAUAAAAAUUACUAUAUUCGACACGCUUCUAGUCUUAAAUAUGAUGUAGACGGCAACAGUGUGGAGCAAUUCAAUUCUAUAAUAGCGAAAUUUACAGGAGGCAAAAGAAUGAAUUAUUGCAAAAAAAACCUUAUCAAAGUAGAUGUGCAGCAGCCGUUGUAA